AUGCAUGAGCCUAAAUCUCUCUCAACUCCAAUGGUGUCUUCUCUACAACUUACCCAAGAUGGUUCAACAUCUUUUGAAGACCUACUUUAUAUAGAUCAAUCGUUGGUGCCCUCCAAUAUGUCACUAUUACAAGACUUAAAAUGUCCUUCUGAUAGGUUUCUUUGUGAUAAGAAACCCAAAACAAAGCUCAGUGGAAACGAUCAGCUACUACCUAGUCAGCACGAAGGUGAAAGACUACUCAAGUUACUGCCUAAAUCUAAAUGCGAGCUUCGUAAAUUUGAUGGCUGUGGCCAUUUCCUAUUCUUGGAAGGAAGCAUUGACCUGGCAACUGUAAUAAAGGGAACUUCAUACUACCGCCGUGGCAAACAUCACGAUUAUUUAUCUGAUUUUAUUCUCCCAACGCCUGAUGAGGUGAGAAAAGUAAUAGAAUCAUUCAGUUUGUAUAACCUUGUGGCAACUGUGAUGCUCUCAACAUUGGAGGAUGGGACGGUUGUAAAAGGCCUUGCUGGAAUUCCUUCAGAGGGACCUGUUUUGUUCGUUGGCGACCACAUGCUGCUGGGAUCAGACGCAAUUCCCCUGUGGUGCAGACUUUUUUCUGAAAGAAAUAUCAUUGUUAGAGCGAUGGCACAUCCCUUGUUUUUUGUCAGAUCUAAGACAGGAAAAUUGCUAGACAUAUCUUAUUUUGACAAUCUCAGAAUCAUGGGUGCUGUCCCUGUAGGACCUACUAACCUCUUCAAGCUUUUCUCUUCCAAGUCUCAUGUCCUGUUAUAUCCUGGAGGAAUACGCGAGGCUCUUCAUAGGAAGGAUGAAGAGUACAAAUUGUUCUGGCCUGAACAAUCCGAGUUUGUAAGGAUGGCAGCAAGAUUUGGAGCCAAAAUUGUUCCUUUUGGUGUAGUUGGAGAAGAUGACGUUGGUCAAGUAGUUUUUGAUUAUGAUGACUUGGUGAAGAUUCCUUACUUUAGGUCUGAAAUAGAAAGCCUCACAGAAGAGGUUCCACAAUUGAGGAGUGGUUUUCGUGGUGAGGUGGGAAAUCAACAAGUGCAUUUGCCUUUGAUUUUGCCUAAAGUUCCAGGCCGAUUCUACUAUUAUUUUGGAAAACCAUUGGAAACGAAAGGAAGGGAACAAGAACUCCAAAAGAAGGAGAAUUCUCAAGAGUUUUAUUUACAAGUGAAGUCUGAGGUUGAGAGAUGCAUUGCUUACUUAAAGGAAAAAAGGGACAUGGACCCCUACAGAGGCCUAGGGCAUCGACUAUUAUACCAGGCCACUAAUGGUUUUCAAUCUGAAAUUCCAACAUUUGAAAUUUGA